UUCGCCAUUUCAGUUUUGGGGGGGGCCCGUAACUCCCGCGAAGGAAUUAGGUCAACUGAGCGGAGGUGCUUGGCUCGGUCCGUUUCUUCACUGAAAACAUCUUUUACUCUUGUCGAUCAUUAACGGCUCUGGUAUUGUGCUCCGAUGCGUGUUAUUUGGUUCGUACGAAUGAGUUUUUCUAGCGUGGGCCCGGGCUGAAGUGUCAAGUGAGUUGUCGGAUUUUCCUAACAGCUAACAGCUAGCAAGCUAGCUGAGUGUAAACAUCAAGAAUGAAGCGGAUGAAAGGAGGCGAGGAGGGCAGCCAUGGUUCCUCAAGCGAAAGCCCACCAGAGGCUCACAAAAAGAUGCGGAAGCAGAUGAGUGAGGAGUCUGAGGCAGUGGAGGCCAGUGAGUCACCAGACAGUAACUGGGCACGGCUGCCUCAGGAGCUACUGCUCCACAUCUUUCAGUACCUUCCUCUGCUGGACCGGGCUUAUGCCUCUCAGGUGUGCCGUGGGUGGAAUCAGGCCUUUCACAUGCCUGAGCUGUGGAGAUGUUUUGAAUUUGAGCUCAACCAACCAGCCAGCUCCUACCUUAAAGCCACACAUCCUGAUCUCAUCAAGCAGAUCAUUAAGAGACACUCCAACCACUUGCAAUAUGUCAGCUUCAAGGUGGACAGUAGUACAGAGUCUGCAGAAGCAGCAUGUGACAUUCUUUCACAGCUGGUGAAUUGCUCACUGAAGACCUUGGGGCUCAUCUCUACAGCGAGACCCAGUUUUAUGGAGGUUCCAAAGUCUCACUUCAUCUCAGCUCUAACUGUGGUGUUUGUCAACUCCAAAUCAUUGUCUUCACUGAAGAUUGAUGACACGCCGGUGGAUGACCCAUCUCUGAAGGUGCUGGUGGCAAACAACAGUGACACCCUGAAGCUUCUGAAAAUGAGCAGCUGUCCUCAUGUCUCCCCAGCAGGGAUUCUGUGUGUGGCAGACCAGUGUCACGGCCUGAGAGAACUUGCCCUCAACUACCAUCUCUUGAGCGAUGAACUGCUGUUGGCCCUCUCCUCUGAGAAACACGUCCACCUGGAACACCUGCGUAUCGAUGUAGUGAGCGAGAACCCAGGCCAGCACUUCCACACCAUCAAGAAGAGCAGCUGGGAUGCGAUGGUGCGGCACUCGCCCAAAUUCAAUCUGGUCAUGUACUUCUUCCUGUAUGAGGAUGAGUUCGGCCCUUUCUUUAAUGACGAAAUCCCUGUCACGCACCUCUACUUCGGCCGCUCUGUUAGCAAGGAGGUGUUAGGCCGGGUGGGCCUCCAUUGCCCCCGUCUAGUGGAGCUGGUGGUGUGUGCAAAUGGGCUGCGUCCCUUGGAUGAGGAGCUGAUCCGCAUUGCUAAACACUGCACCCAGCUGUCGGCCAUUGGCCUGGGUGAGUGUGAGGUUUCCUGUAGUGCUUUUGUGGAGUUUGUGAAGAUGUGCGGCCGUCGGCUCUCUCAGCUGUCCAUCAUGGAGGAGGUGCUGAUUCCAGAUCACAAAUACUCCUUGGAUGAGAUUCAUUGGGAGGUUUCUAAGCACUUGGGCCGAGUCUGGUUUCCAGACAUGAUGCCAACUUGGUAAAGGCAAGCUAGAGGGGUUUGAAGUUUGUGAAAUACAACAUCGACGCCCUCCAUGUUUGCAUUAAAUGUUCAGCAGUAGCAGAAGAUUUGGUGUCAACAUGGUGAACAGAAAUUAGUGGAAUUCCUGUUCAUAGUGGGUGAGGUAUGUAAUAUGGCACCUGACUACUGCACAAUGCUAUCAUGUCAUGCAAAUACCACAGAAAUCUCUGCGUGUUAACUAAAUGGAAUCAUGCUUCGCCUAAUCCUGUGACUGAACCCACCCGGCUGGUGGCUUCGCGCAUUGAACAAUCAGAUGAAGAAAGAGGACUUAAAGUAAUGUUUUUACAGUUGCGAAGUGCUCUCUACAGACGCUGUAGCCUGGUUAUUAUUAUCUAUAUUAUGAGAGAUGUCAGUAAAUAAAUGUAUAUGUGUGUGUGUGUGUGUGUGGGUGCGUGCAGGAGUGACUGUUGUUUCAAUGUUUUUCAACAUUGUGGAGUAAUUUGGGAUAAUUAAGCGCAUAAUAGCAUGUUGUUACACUACCACUUGGCCUACCUAAAUCCAGUCUGGGAUAGCAGCUCUGCACUCUGUAACACAGUGUGGCAUUAUUUGUGCAUAUUAUGUGACAGACUGUGUUUUGUAAGGUGUAGCUGAGAAGGAGGUCGUUGAUUUACAAAAGCGCAGUUGCAUCCUACACCUCACUUCAGACUAAUUUAAAGUGAAGAGUAGUGUUGAUUACAUCUGGCUUCUCCUUAUUUGAGCUCUAUCAUGCUUGGUGAAAAAAAUUAUACAAUUCCAGGAGUUGUGCGUGUGUGUAUAAUGAAAAUGAAAAGCUGGCUAGAACAGAAAUGUGUAUAUUGGUCUCUAUUUGUGAUGUGAAGGUGUACAGUGUUGACUGAUGUCAUGGAUUUUGAUUUUCUCCUAGUUAUGCAGAUUUUUUUUUCCUGCAUCACACUUAAAUUGGCUUGACAAGUGAAUUAUCUUUGUUUAAAAGAUAAAGGUGUCUGUACAGUGAUAGAUUUCCUAAGCACUUUACAAAAAUACCAAAUACAAAGCAGGACCUUCUGUUUAAGGGCAGUUAAUCCUCCUAUCAACACAAACAUUUAGUGGUCUGUUUUGUCUUAGUUGCAUCCAGUUUUAAAUGAUUAUUUAUACUGUACCUGGUUCUGAUUUAUCAGGACAGUAUGUCGUAGUAAUAAGGGUAUUCUUACUGAGGAAAACAAUCAAGAGAAAUAAUUCUAUGUAUAUAUAGAUAGUGAACAGAAAUGUCUGAAUUUGAAGGUUGAUAAUGGCAAGUGUCCGGCCUUCGUGGUCAGAUUGUUUCGUAUUCAUUCAACAAUACGCUAGCUUACAACAUUGCACGCUGGGAAUGCGAAAGGCUUUUUGUUUCUCAGGUGCAUUAAAUAAUUAUAUUGCCUAUAUAGGUUUCAUUUGUAUCUUCUGCUAUUUGCCUGUUGAAGCUCUAAACCUUGGCUCUUUGUAUUGAAUAUCUGCCCUCCUAUUAGCCCAUGUUUGCUCUGUGUUGUGUCAUCGCAUAGUAUAAAAAAAAGAGAAAAAAAAAAAAACGAGGAGAGAAAGCAGUAUUCAUUUUGUCAUUACAAACACUGUCCCGGCAGCCGUCGUCCGUGCUCCCGUCCAAACAUCCACUCGCUUCAGUUGAAAGAGAUUUGGCAAGUCAGAUGAGUGAAACAAUCUUUUUCCUUUAAGAAGGAAGUCAAUUGCAUCUGUAUAUAAAACGCUGUGUGUUUGAUUAUUAUGAAUAGAAAUGUACUUAUUUCUGUAUUUCACCCUCUGUCAGGGUUUGAAGUUUCUUUAACCAAUGGCUCUCGUCUUUUAUAAACCAGAGUGCAAGUUAUCCUUUACUAGAUGGAUCUUUUUCAUACUGUAGUCAUUAGAGAAGAUGAGCAGUGUAAUUUAUUGAUAUGGAUACAGCUUUUGUAAUUAAUUUGUGUUUUUCGGUUAUAGAAAAGAAGCAAUCAUCGUAACCUACAAGCAGAUCAACAGCAAGCUUUUCUUUUGGAGGGGUUUGACUCCUCCAGCUCUGUCCUGAUUAUUUUCUCACAUACACAAGGUCCAAACGUUUCGACUCCACCACGACUGAACAAAGCAGAGAGAUUUUUUGCAAACAAAAGUCAAUUUAAUCUCAAGCAAAAUCAGACGGAUUACAACUAUCCGUGCACUCAUUUUUGCAGGAAAAAUAGUCAACACUUGUGGCUUUAGUUGUGUUAAGGAGGAUUUCAUUUCCUGCAGGACAAUAGCACUAAAAAAUACAAUGAAGCUGUCGCACAGAAUGAGAAAGGACUGCAGGUGUCGAUGCUUUCCCUCUAAGGUUACCAGGUUAACGAUGGGGAAAACAAACAAACAAAAAAAAUCUAGCAAAGGACAGCGCACAACCUGGAUAAUUCUGCAAAAAGUGGUCAGAAAUGAGAAAAAGUUAAAUCAUGUACAGACUUGACUGUGUUUAUUAUUAAAGUAUAUGUGAUUGUUUUAUUUAAAUUUGGCCAAAUGCACUACACUGGUGGUGGACAAACAUUUGGACAUUACUGCAUCUCUUUUAGGAUCUGUAGGUAACCUGAUUUUGAGGUUUCAUAUUUCUUGCAAGGGUCCGUUUCCUGUAAUCCAGAUCAUAUGAGAUUUUCACAGAACUGUAACGUAGACUACAGCUGAAACGUGUUAGUAUUAUUGGAUGGAACUAACGUAGUCUAUUGAUAGUACAGGUCUUUUAUCACCAAAAGUAGGCACCUGCUCGUGUACAGUAACAUAUCUCCUGAUUAUGUUUCAGAGUUUCUGCAGUGCAUUAGACCAUUGCCAUAACAGCAGCUCUAAAGUUAAACUCAUUUUAUUGAUUGAAGAUAAAGCAGUAACUAAUAAUAAAUACUGAAAAAAGGGUUAUUUUCUGGCUUUGAUUUGGAAAUCCAGAAAAUUUCAGAAAUGCAAAGAGGGAAGGAUAUUUACUUUUCAUCCUUAUGCAUCUUUGUUUGAUUUAUUCAAAGCCAGUCUUUGUUAUUUGGAGUAAACUGGUGUUGUCCUUUAGUUUUGCUUCUGUAUGGCAAAUGCUUUGUCUACUUUGCUUUUCUGGUCACCUGUCUUAAAAUUCAAAUUAUUGUUUUGGACAUGUGAUCUUAUACUGGUAAUAAAAGGUUGUGAAUGUA